AUGAAUUCUGUCUGUCUGUCUGUCUCUCUCUCUCUCUCUCUCUCUUUAUCUAUCUAUCUAUCAUCUAUCUAUCUAUCUAUCUAUCUAUCUAUCUAUCUAGAUUGGAGACAUAUUUCGUUCUUUCUUUUCUUGCAGUACUUCCUUCUAUUUUCAUUCAUUUCUCUAUUUCCUUUAUCUAUCUAUCUAUCUAUCUAUCUAUCUAUCUAUCUAUCUAUCUAUCUAUCUAUCUUUAUUUAUUUAUUUUUAUUGCCUCCCGUCGUUCUUUCUUUCCUUUUCUCACUUUCUUUGUCUUUUGCUCAUUCAUUUCAAUUUUUCUGUUUCUUCUAUAUCUUUCUUCCUUUCUUUCUUUCGUGCACUGUUUAUUUUCUUCCGUUUUCUUGCUUUUCUUUUACUGACUUUUUCAUUUUUUUCUUGUUUGCUUCUUUCUUUCUUUCUAUUUCUUUCUUUUGCUGCCUUUCGUUCAUUUAUUUCACUUCGCACUCUUUUCUUUCUUUCUUUAUUUAUUUAUUUAUUUAUUUAUUUCUGACAUUUUCUUUUUUCUUUAUUUCAUUUUAUUGCUUUUCUUUUCUUAAUUUCCCUUUCUUAAUUUCUCUUUCUUUCCUGUUUUUAUUCCUGCUUACAAUUCUUUCGUUUUAUUGCUUCUUUCUUUCUUUCUUUCUUUCUUUCUUUCUUUCUUUCUUUCUUUAUUUAUUUAUUUAUUUAUUUAUUCAUUCAUUCCUUCAUCUAUUUCUUUCUUUCUUUCUUUAUUUAUUUAUUUAUUUAUUUCACUAUGCAUCCUUUCCCGUGAUUUCUUUUUUCUUAUCUCUUUCCUUUUUCUUUCCCAUUCCUUCUUUUUAUUUCAUUAUUGUCGUUUUCUUUUUCCGUCAUUCCUUUUCUUGUUUCUUCUUCUUCUUAACUUUCUUUCUUGAAUUUCAUACUUUUUUCCUUUGGCCUGGUUUUCUCUUUAUUCUUUUUACAUUUUUUUCCCUUAUUUUUUCUUUCCUCAUCGUAUCUAUUAACUUCUUUCUUUUUCUUACUUUUGUUUAUCUAUCUUUUUUUUAUUUUUUACUUUGUUCCAUUUACCUAAUUUAUUUUCCUUCUCUUCAACUUUCUUUUCUUUUUCCUUUCUCCAUUUAUUUUUCUUUCUUUUCUCUUUUCUGUCUCACUUUUUCUCUGUCUUUCUAUCUUCAUUUCUCUCUUUUUACCUUCUUUUUUUCUUUCUUUCCAUUUGUAUAA